CAUCACCCCAGACAUGAAAAGAGGAACUCAGAGUUUCAUUUUCUUAAAGAUGACUUCAGCAUUCAGGACCAACAACAUGAAAAACAGUUUCCUGCUCAUUAUGUUCCUGCUGACAGCCUGUGAGAUGUCACAACAGAAUGAAUGCAGAACAUGGGUUGAAGUCACCUGCAACACACUAAAAACUAAAGAAACACAUUAUAUAAAGUGUGAAAGCAACCAAAUCCCAAAGGGGGUCUUCAUGGAACUUAAAAGUGAGGAAUCCUGUAAGAAAAUGUGCAAAAAUCCAUCUGGCAAAGAGAAACCAUCUGUGAAAAGCGUAUGCCUGAAGCAAUUUAAUCAAAUUGCAUACAGAACAACUAAAACCACGAUCAAAUGUGAUUAUGAAGGAGACAACAAACCAUUUUUUUUCUGCAAAGAGACUAACUCUGUCUGUGAGAACAUGGUAGAAUCUCCUCAACAGUCAAACAGCAGAUUCACUUUCACAAAGACAAACAGAAACGUCAGCCUGUCCAUCAGUAACGUGUCCUCACAGGAUGAAGGUGUCUACUGGUGUGGAGUGAAACUUAAAAAAGAGGUCGCGCUCCAAAAAAUACAACUGGAUGUGGAACAUAUUACUAAUUUCACAAGAUCACCAACUGCUGGUCAGAACUUCUCAUACUGGUGUAAAUGCAAAGAGAGGGCCUCACCUUCAAAAUCAAUCUGUAAGGGAGACGAUCCAUCUAUAUGUCAAACUCUAGUAACGACCAAUGAGCCUGAUAAGAACAAGAAGUUUUACAUAAAUGAUGAAGACAAGAGAAAUAUUACUGUUACAAUAAGAAAUGUAACAGCAGAUGACAGCGGGACAUACUGGUGUCGAGCAAAAAACAACAACCAACAAAUCUGCAACAGACUGAUCCUGACUGUAGGAUCACCAACAACAUCCACGUCUACCAUUUCAUCAACUACAGCGACGACUACAGCGACGACUACAGCAAUGACUACAGCUGCAGCUGCUGGGAGACGUGGCGUCUCUGAGGCCAUCAUUUCUGUGAUCGUCUGUGUGGCUGUGCUGCUUUUUGUGAUACUGAUGAUCCUAAUCUAUAAACGAUUUUCACGUUCAAAAAACACAGGAAAUGGUGCAGCAGCAUGUCGUACCAAAGAGGACUGUACCUAUGAUGAGAUACAGGAGCGCCUCCAGCUGCCAGACUCAGAAAAUGCAACAAACACAAUUUAUGCCACCGUCAGCUCUCCAAACCCUGUGCCCUCAACACAUUAUGCUACCAUUAACUUUCAAAACUCCGAUAAAGCUGCUGCUGAGACAGUCAGACUCGGCUACUCUGCCUGUGAAUAUUCUACUGUGAAGUUUCCCAAAUGUCGAACUGACUCGAGUGACACCCAACUGUACCCGCCGACCGAGGAGCCGCUCUACUCAACAGUCAACAAGCUAAGAAAAUGAGAUCAUUUAUUUAAAGAAUAUAACAGAUUUAUGAAUGAAAAAUAAUGUAUUUAGUGUUUGAGUCACAGUGAUUUUGUGAUGGUGUUUUGGUGCUGAUCUGUUCUGAGAUCUUAGAUUUUAUUUCCCUGUGAAGAUGAUUAUUAAAGCCUAUCAGGAAGAUACGGACCUGCCUCUUUCACAGGAGGAGAAGCCAACAAAGAGGUCAAGUGCUUUUGUACCACACUGUGGUACGAUACACAACAUCCACACUUAGAGCCACUGACUUUAAACACAAUGAAUGUGAAAGUAUCCUAAGCAUCUGGAUUGAAUAAUAAUAUAUCAAAAGAAUUAGCUGUUAUUUAUAACUUAACUCUCUACAGCACAGCAUUGCUGCUGGGCAACAACAUGCCCAGUACAUGUGAAAUGAACUGAGACAACCAAUCAGAGUGUUGGAAAAAGUAUCAAAUUUCAGUCCUAUAAGAUGUUCGAGUCACUGUCGAGCAGUAUUAGUAGUACGGUGGGGCAUCCUGUUCUGACACAUGGUCACAGGACCAGAUGAUGUGUGAAGCUGCCAUUGUAAGUGUAAUUAAAAUGACAAACUGUAAAUAAAAGAGUACAUGUGAGUGUAAGGAGAU